AUGACAAUGGUCUUGGACAAGAUGGUCAAACUGCAGCAAGAAAAUGCCAGGAUAUGCGAAAAGCUAGAUUUUGUUGAAGAUCACAACAAGCAUUUGCUGUGCGAACUAAAAAAAAAAAGUAGUAAUAUGCAAAAACAUAGUUUACCUGGCAGCAAGAACGGCCCUAAUCUGAGGCGAACAGAAAACCAGAACGUUACUGACAAUUCAUGGACUACCGGCAGUUGA